AUGGGUUCGAAUAACGGAGAGUCUGUUGAACAAUUCGCUAUUCUCACACCUCGAUUGAUUAUUGUUCCCACCCCAACAGCAGUCUCCUUCAAAUCAUACCGGGCGCUUUAUUCCGACUUGCAUGCAAAUGUGGACUUCUGCCAAAUGGGUUUCGGGCAUCACUUUCCAGCCAGGGUAUGGAGCGAUGAGGAGACGCGCGAUGGCAUUCAGACACGUGAUAUUGAACGUUGUUGGCAAAGGCGCGGUUUGGGUGAUUUUGCUGUGGGGUUGCGCGGACCAUCCACAUUCGAGCCAGAUAAUCACCCCACACAAAAUGAUAGUUUCGUCACACUCAAAGGCGAUGACUACGUUCGGGUUGCGGGACUGAAUAAUAUCCAUAUCGCUGCCUCUGAGUGGGUGGGCUAUGCAGGCCUCCGUGAUGCGACGACAACUUCGAUGCCGCCACGAGAGCCUGGAGAUCAUGCGCUGCCAUCAUGGGUCGAAAUGAUUGAGCUGCGGUACGGUGUCUCGCCAAAAUUCUGGGGACAAGGAAUUGCGCAGGAAGCGUCGAAGGCCAUUAUGCGGUGGUCUGUGGAUGAAAGAGGGGUCAAAAGAUUCAUUGCCGAGACAGAGAGAGAUAACAGCAGAAGUGGAAAUCUGUUGCAAAAACUUGGCUUUACACUAAGUGACACAAACUAUUGGAAAGAACCAAGUGAACUGGAAUGGGAGUGUGCUGUCAAAUGA